AUGGAGAAAUCAACUGAUAAAAAUCAAGACGGCGAAGAAAACAACUGCCCGUCAUGCCGAGAAAAAAAGAAAGACUCGGCAGCCAAAUCCAGAAGGAAAGAGCUGGGCGUCUCCUGCAUGCUAAACACCGAACUAGGCGCUGUUCUUGCCGUGAUCCGCCGUCCUCCGGAUCCGGCUUCCCAAUACUUCUCCCCGGACGAGCAUUAUUUUGACUCUGCGAUCCUACAAUCCUUGAAAUCACUUCGAGCUCUCAUCUUCAAUCCCCAACAAGAAUGGCGGACCAUCGAGCCCUCUAUCUAUCUCUCCCCGUUCCUGGACGUGAUACAGGGUGAUGACAUCCCGGCCGCAGCAACAGGUGUCGCUCUCUCGGCCGUUUUGAAAAUCCUCAGGCUGGAAAUCUUCGACGAGAAGACCCCGGGGGCGAAAGAGGCUAUUAAUUCCAUUGUCAGCGGGAUCACGAGCUGUCGGUUGGAGAAGACCGAUUCGGUUUCUGAGGAUGCCGUGAUGAUGAAGAUUUUACAGGUUCUGACUGCGAUAAUGAAGCACCGGGCGUCGCUUUUGCUCACCGAUCAUGCCGUCUGCACCAUUGUCAAUACAUGCUUUCAGGUGGUGCAGCAAUCGGCUAGCAGAGGCGAUUUGCUUCAGCGCAGUGCGCGGUACGCGAUGCACGAGCUCAUCCAGACGAUAUUCUCUCGGUUGCCUGAGAUCGAGGUCAAGGAUGGGGAGGAUACGGAGUCGGAUUCCGAUGAUGUCGAUGUUGGUAACAAUUCAGAUUCUGGGUACGGCGUUCGAAGUGCGGUUGAUAUCUUUUACUUCUUCUGCUCCCUGCUAAAUGUAGUUGAAGUAGUGGAGACGGAGGGCUCUACUUCUCAUACUGUAGACGAAGAUGUCCAGCUUUUCGCGUUGGUUUUGAUAAAUUCCGCAAUAGAAUUAAGCGGAGAUGCAAUUGGGAAGCACCCGAAGCUUUUGAGGAUGAUCCAGGAUGACCUAUUUCACCAUUUGAUCCACUACGGAACGCGUUCGAGCCCUCUUGUUUUGUCCAUGAUUUGCAGCACAGUUUUGAAUAUCUACAACUUUCUUCGAAGGUUUAUUCGUCUCCAACUAGAAGCUUUCUUCGCGUAUGUACUGCUCAGAGUUGCUGCUCUUGGAAGCGCGAUGCCACUCCAAGAAGUUGCACUUGAAGGGAUUAUAAAUUUCUGCAGGCAGCCAACGUUUAUAAUUGAAGUCUACCUGAACUAUGAUUGUGAUCCCCUUGGUCGAAAUCUGUUUGAGGAGAUUGGGAAGCUACUUUGCAAGGAUUCGUUUCCAGUGGCUAGCCCUGUGACCACUUUACAGGUUCAAGCAUUUGAAGGAUUAGCAGCCAUGAUUCACAAUAUUGCAGAUAACGUUGACAGAGAAGACGAUUCGAGCCCUUUCAGUGCAUACCCACUUGAGAUCAGCGAGUAUAGUCCCUUUUGGGAGGAGAAAUCCAAAGAUGAAUUGGAGUCUUGGGUAGAAUUUGUAAGGAUACGGAAAGCACAAAAAAAGAAAAUAUUGAUUGCUGCAAACCAUUUCGAUAGAGAUGAAAAGAAGGGUUUGGAGUACCUGAAACUUACUAAGUUGGUUUCUGAUCCCCCAGAUCCAAAAGCUCAUGCUUUCUUCUUUCGCUAUACUCCAGGACUAAACAAGAACACGAUUGGGGAUUAUCUUGGUGACCCUGAUCAGUUACACAUUGAAGUUCUUAAAGAAUUCACUGACACCUUUAAAUUUUCAGGCAUGAUUCUUGACACUGCUCUACGCACUUAUCUAGAGACCUUCCGAUUGCCUGGAGAGUCCCAAAAGAUACAGCGGAUUCUCGAAGCAUUCUCAGAGAAAUUUUAUGAUCAACAAUCCUCAGAUGUUUUUGCAAGCAAGGAUGCAGUUUUCAUUCUUUGCUACUCCCUCAUUAUGCUCAAUACUGAUCAGCAUAAUCCGCAAGUGAAGAAGAAGAUGACAGAAGAUGAGUUCAUCAGGAACAAUAGAGCAAUCAAUGCAGGGAAGGAUCUUCCUAGAGAGUACCUCUCUGAGCUUUUUCAUUCCAUUUCAAACAAUGCUAUCACCCUGUUUGGUCAGUCUGGUGUAUCACUAGAAAUGACCCCAAGCAGAUGGGUUGAGCUGAUAAACCGAUCCAAACUCGCACAGCCUUUCAUACAAUGUGAUUUUGAUCGUCAUUUGGGAAGAGAUAUGUUUGCUUGCAUUGCUGGCCCAUCAGUUGCAUCUCUCUCAGCAUUCUUUGAGCAUAUUGAUGAAGAAGAAUUGCUCCACAAAUGCGUUGAAGUGCUAUUCUCAAUAGCCAGGAUAGCUCAGUAUGGAUUAGAAGACACUUUAGAUGAGGUCCUUGCCUCAUUCUGCAAAUUCACUACACUGUUGAAUCCUUAUGCAUCCGCAGAAGAAACCCUGUUUGCUUUCAGCAAUGAUAUGAAGCCAAAAAUGGCGACACUAGCUGUUUUCACCGUCGCCAACAACUUUGGGGAAUCAAUUCGAGGGGGAUGGAGAAAUAUUGUGGACUGCUUACUGAAACUUAAAAGGCUAAAACUACUUCCUCAAUCUGUCAUCGAAUUUGAUACUGCUUCCACCUCAUCACCUGAUGUCCCAAAGGAAUCUGAAUCAGCCAUAAUCUUCCCUACCCGCGACAAAUUUGGCAGUCGCCGUGCUUCUGGCACGAUUAGUCGGUUUUCUCAUUUUCUGUCACUAGACAGCAUGGAAGACUCUUUGUCCCUAAACGUGAGUGAAUUUGAACAGAAUCUGAAGAUCAUCAAACAGUGCCGUAUUGGGAAUAUCUUCAGCAAUAGUUCAAACUUGCCCGAUGAUGCUUUGUUCAAUCUAGGUCGCUCUCUGAUAUUUGCAGCUGCUGGAAAAGGCCAAAAAUUCAGCACACCGGUUGAAGAAGAAGAAACUGUUGGGUUUUGUUGGGAUUUAGUCAUUGCCAUUGCUAUGGCCAAUAUCCAAAAGUUCCAGGCAUUUUGGCCCAAUUUUCAUGAAUAUAUGCUAGCAGUUGCUCAGUUUCCUAUGUUCUCCCCUAUUCCAUUCGCAGAGAAGGCCAUUAUAGGCCUUCUAAGGCUUUCUCUUAAGGUCCUUGCUACAUACCGACCUGAAAAACUUCCAGAGGAGCUCAUUUUCAAGUCUAUCAAUUUAAUGUGGAAACUCGAUAAAGAAAUUCUAGACACAUGUUGUGAGUUCAUAACACAAUCAGUGAGCAAGAUUCUUAUUGAGUAUCCUGCAAAUUUGCAAACCCAGCUUGGAUGGAAAUCAGUCCUUCAUUUGUUAUCAGUCACCGGGCGGCACUCCGAAACCUAUGAUCAGGCAGUUGAGACUUUGAUCAUGUUGAUGUCGGACGGGACUCAUGUUUCACGGACAAAUUAUGCCUACUGUAUAGAUUGUGCAUUUGGUUUUGUUGCACUCAAGAACAGUCCACUGGAGAAGAAUUUGAAGUUACUUGACCUAAUGGCAGAUUCUGUGAAUGUGUUGGUCCAUUGGUAUAGAAAUCAUUACACAGAACCGGGGAACAAUUUUAGCAUUACAAGCAAUACAAGUAACUCCUCUACAGAGGACAAUUCAAGAGGUCUUGGCUCUGCAAACUUUGUAAUGAAUCUAUUUCUUAAACUGGGGGAAGCACUUAGAAAGAGCAGCUUAGCCCGGCGAGAAGAGAUGAGAAACCAUGCAAUCGUAGCUCUUCAAAAAAGCUUCACUCUGGCUGAAGAAUUGGAUUUCACAUCAACCAACUGCAUUAACUGUUUUAACCUUAUCAUUUUCGCAAUGAUAGAUGACUUACACGAAAAGUUGUUGGAAUACUCAAGAAGGGACAACUCGGAGAGGGAGAUGAGAAGUAUGGAAGGGACCCUCAAGAUUGCAAUGGAACUCUUGGCAGAUGUGUACUCGCAGUUCUUGAAACAAAUAUCACAGAGUUCUGGGUUUCGGACAUUCUGGUUGGGGGUGUUAAGAAGAAUGGAUACAUGCGUGAAGGCUGACUUGGGAGAGUAUGGUAAAUCAAAAAUUGAAGAACUAGUCCCUGAGUUGUUGAAAAAGAUGAUCACCCAGAUGAAGGAAAAGGAGAUUUUAGUGCAGAAGGAAGGUGAUGAUCUCUGGGACAUUACCUAUAUUCAAAUACAAUGGAUAGCUCCUUCACUCAAGGAGGAACUAUUUCCUGAAGUAGUUGUUUAACGAAAAUGAAAUCAAA